GUACUUAAUGUAGCUGACUUGGACUCAGUGAAACUCAAGUCGACAACGUCAUUUAGCUGUCAACAUGACAUUGUCUGAUAUUGAUAAAUGUUUUGAAAACAAAUCAGGAAUAAAUAUUUAUAUUUAAUUAAAAUACUUACUUAAUUAACAAGCUGAGCAAAAGCACUGCCAUAUGUCGAAAGGCGACAAAACGCUGAAGUACGAGAAUGUUAACGGUGUCAUGUUAUCACUCAGAGUGGACGGUAGAAACAGUUCGCCGAAAUCCAGACAAUUUACUAUAUCAUACAGCAGCUGCAAUGAGGAACGUAGAUCGAAGUGGUCCAUAAUUUCGCUACUCGUAGCUAUACUGGCCAAUAUUGUAUUUCUUAUUUACGUGCGAAUCAAUUUGACUGUAUUGGUAGUGAUAGUUACAGUUUUAUCAUUUAUAGUAUUCUUUUGGGUUACACAUAGUGUUCAGUCAGAGACACUUUUAGUCAUUCCAACUGUGGGCAUACAAAGUUCAGUGCAAUAUGUAGUUGGCCGGGAAGAUAAUUUUGUGCCUUGGAUCAAAAUAGAUGAUAUCAUUAUAAAUGAAGCUAUUAAGUUGAAUCGUGUCUUGUAUUUCCUCACGUUAUUAGUUAAAAUCAAUAGUGAUUAUGAGCCAGUCAAAUUAAUACCAUUAUUCAAGUACACCAAGCCACGACUUCUGAUGUUGGAGAGCAUUUACAAGGAGAUCCAGGAUCUACUAACAGAACAGGCCAUUGGUGCUGGAGACAUAGGAGACUAAUUUAACACAGUCAAAUACCGUAACAAGAUGGAGCAUAUUGGUGCAUAAACUUUUUUUGUCACUAAUAGGGAGUAUUACUGCAAUGUUCUGCCGCCAGAGUGCAGCAAACCACCUUUCGUAAACCAUAGAGUAACUUAUACAUACUGUACCUUAAGCUGUUUUUUGAUAAGUUUUCACAGAUAAUAAAAUAUGACAUUGAUGCA